AGCAGCAAUACACGCGAGUUCCUUAUAGCAGCACGGAAGUCCCAAAUCUUUUGUUUCGACUCUUUGGUUUGUAAUGGCGAAUGACUGAAGAGAUCCUCUUUAUUAACGGGUGUUUGCGAUCUGGUGCGACCCCUGCAGCCCACACCUGUCACACCUGGACGCGCGCGAGCUCACUCACAUGAUGGAGCUGAAAAUCCAUAGGAGACAGGGGAGCAUUGACUUUUUAGAGACCUGUGGAGUUGUAAAUGAGAAUGGCAUGGAAAACCAAUCUCUGCCUCCAGUGCAACUCCCCCUGUUAUUCGAUUAUGUGCUGGUGGCAAAAAUCUCAGAUGAGGAAGACAAAGGCCGCAUCAGAAAACAGAAAGCUUUCUUAGACGCUUUGAAUGCUAAGAACUUAAAGAUAACUAAAACCAGAGAUGAUGAAACAGUGUUUUAUUGCAUCAGAGCACCAAAAGAGAUCUUUGAGAUGUACAGGUACCUCCUAAAAGUGUCCGAUGCCUGUAAUUGGAGUUGUGAGCAGCAGGGAACUAUACCUCAGUCAACCAGGAUUCGUAUUGUUGAUUUUAUUCUGCAUCACACCAGCACUGAUUCAGAUGGCGUAUCAGAAUAUCUGCCAGACCUCAUGAAAAGAAAUGUUUUUGAGACUCAUUUCUGCUUACAUGAGAAAAAAGAGCAGAAGGAGCUGAAGCAGAGCUGGGCUCGAUGGUCCGCUUGUUUUCGGGGGCAACCCAUAAGUAACAUCAGGAAUUACCUUGGUGAGAAGGUGGCACUCUACUUUCUGUGGUUAGGUUGGUACACAUUUCUGUUGAUUCCCGCCUCUCUCAUUGGUAUCGUAGUCUUCUUGUAUGGCCUGGCCUUCUACAAGACAAGUCCUCUCAUACAGGAAGUGUGUCAUUCCAACACAAUCAUGUGCCCCCUGUGUGAUAACACAUGCAAUGUUUGGAAGCUUUCAGACACCUGCAUGUAUGCAAAGGUGAGCCUUCUGUUUGAUAAUGCGGGCACAGUGUUUUUCGCCAUGUUCAUGGCGGUCUGGACUACUGUGUUUCUGGAGUUUUGGAAGCGUCAUCGAUCCUCUUACGUGUGUGCGUGGAAGGUGUUUGACUGGUGCGAGGAAGAGGAGGAGUUGAUACUGGAGAUUGUGAACAAUGCAGACUGUAAACCCAAGAUGCAGAGACACUCUUAUCUACGCUCCACCAUAGUGCUGGUUUUAGUCACGCUCAUGUUGCUGUUGAUCAUUGGUUUAACUCACGCCCUGGUGGUGUUCAGGGUUAUAGCAACCGUGCUGUUGGCCGAACACAGUUCCUGGAAUGUCAUCAGUGAUAACUCGCAGACAGUUGCCCUGAUGCUUGGAGCCGUGCUUCACUAUAUCACUAUCACCGUCAUGACACGGGUGAACUGUAAAGUUGCCAUGAAGAUGACUGAAAUAGAGAAUAAGCAAUCCCAAGCUGCCAUUGAAAGGAGCUUCACAGUGAAGAUGUUCAUAUUCCAGUUCUUCACUCUCUUCUCUUCUCUCAUUUACACAGCGUUCUUUCUGGGAAGGAUUAAUGGUCACCCUGGUGGAUAUGUGAGGAUUUCAGGCAGAUGGAGACUCGAGGAGUGUCACCCAAGUGGCUGUCUCACAGAUUUAUUCAUUCAGAUGUCUAUUAUCAUGGUUCUUAAACAGACCUUCAACAACAUCUUUGAAUAUUCUGGCCCCUGGUUCAAACGCUGGAUAAAAAAGCAAAAGACUCAGAAGUUGAAGAGAAGGUGUAUUAACUGCUAUAAGAAGGAGUGUAUGAAUGCAAUGGCCGGAUCAGAACUGUGUGACAACUGCAAACUGGAAAAUCUCCACAGGAACUAUGAACUCAAUGAAACAGAUUGUUUCAGCCUGUUUAAUGAGUUCCUGGAAAUGGUGAUACAGUUCAGUUUCACGACUAUAUUCGUUGCGGCAUUUCCUUUGGCUCCAUUGUUGGCCCUUCUAAACAACAUCAUUGAGAUCCGACUUGAUGCUAUUAAGAUGGUCAGUCUUGAACGCAGACUGGUGGCGACAAAGGCCAACGAUAUUGGAGUCUGGACAGACGUGCUGGAGACCAUUAGUGUUUUUGCGGUCAUUGCUAAUGGACUGGUCAUUGGUAUAUCCUCUGAUUUUAUCCCACGUCUGGUUUACCAGUACUACUACGGGCCUUGUGCCAUUGGUAGUGAUUCUGGCAUUGACUGUAUGGAAGGAUACAUAAACAGCACACUGUCCACCGCCAAUAUAAGUGAUGAGAGAGUCCGUCAAGAUUUCUUACUGAAACAAAUGGUCACUAACAACGGCAUACAUGUUACACACUGCAGCUAUAGAGACUACAGAAGUAAUGAAGACUUCAGUUUAACUAAUCAGUUUUGGGUCAUUCUGGCAGCACGAUUAGUUUUCAUCAUUCUGUUUGAGCAUGUUGUGGUAAUCUUUAAGUGUGUAGCAAGCUGGUUUGUGCCAAACUCACCGCUGGAUGUGAGAAAUGAAAGGCUGUUUGAUAAACUCAGCAGAUUAAAGGAAGAACUGAGAGCACAAAGAUCACACCAGGACACUUUCACUAAACUAAAUGAGCAUGAUAAUACAAUUAAAUUCGAACAGAGAAACAAAAACAAGCUAAAUAGUCUGUGAGCCACACUUAGUUUUAUCAGCAAGCUUUAUAAUGUCCCUCCACAUAAAAAUCUGUUCAUUAAACCCAAUGUGGGCUAUAGCUCUUAUCGAGUGUCUUGGAUUUCACAGUAAAAACUGUAGACUGGGAUAUUUGGCCUUUCUUGGCUUUUGAUUUGUGUGUGCCUUUAACAUUAAAUACAAAAACAAAAAGGUUUGUGUUAAUUAUGUUUUCAUGUUAUAUACAUGUAUGUGAACAUUGUUACAAUUGUACCAGUUUUUAUAUUUUGUCUACGUACUUGAAACGUUUCAUAUAUUGUAUGAACUUGUUCUUUAAAUAGCACUUAACAUUUAUUCCAUAACUGUAUUUAUCCAAAGAUGUUUACUAAACACUAUGAUUUGAUGAAGUUAUGUUGGGGGAUAAAUAAGCGAUAUUUACAGUUAUUUGAACAAAAAUCACAAAGCACUCUAACACUUAAACAUUUACAUAAAACUUGUGCUAUACACUUUUUUUUGGCCGUGUCAAUGUUUAUGAAACAAUAUUUUAUAACCUUGGCCUACAUGGAAAAUAGCAUGUCAUAUGGAAUAUAGCACUACUUUUAUUAAGUUGUGUCCUCUUUGGACCUUAACAAUGUGAAACCAUUUUAUAAUAUGGAAAAGAGCAACUUGCAAUUCGGAAAAAAAAACAUUUUAUUUGUGUUUAAUGGAAUAAAGACAAUUUUACAUGUUUGUAAUGAUUUCGGAUUUUAUAGAAUUUGUCUGUGCAUUAUUAAUAAAAUAAUGCAGUAGAUCUUUUGCUUGAUAUACUGAACUAUUUUCUCAUUUUUGUGGGAGCUGCUUCCCGUUUGAAGACCUGGUUUGUCAAGGUGACCAAACACAUUUACAGUAUGUUAUCACUUAAUAUGCGCACAAAGAGCUGCUAUAUGUUCCCGAAUGCUCAAAUGAACACCAGCGAAUCUAUGAAUACAGAUCAAAUACAGAAUAUUACCAUAUAGAGUAUUGCAAGAUUAGUUGACAGUGAAAUCUUAAAUUAUUUUCUGUUCAUAUAACAAUGACAGAUCAUAGCUUUUAUAUAAAAUUGGUGUGAAAAUAUUUGUUUUUUCUAUUUUAGCCCUAUCAUCUUUAUUAUGAUUUCAAAGUUACAGUUAUACGUAUUUGUUAAUUGUCAUAUUACACAGCUCUCUGGAAAACUUGAUACUGAUCAAGUCAGUGCUUGAAGUGGGCCAGUACGACCGGUCCACAGUACAGGCAAUUCUUAUUUUAAUCUUUAGCGUACCUUCACUUGUUCUUCUCACAUAUUGCCAGUACUUUGCCACUCCGACUCAAAGCGUCAUUAUGGGUGAUUAAUAGUAAUGACAUCACACAGGCAGGGGCGGGCGCUUAUGCUGCAUUCCACACAACUGGGAUUUCAGAUAGUUCCACUUAAAACCCAGAAAUAAAUGUCUAUGGCACUCGAAGUCGGACAUGGGACCGCAGAACUCUCAAAUCGAUCAACCCUCACCUCAGGGAGACGCGCCUAAAAUGCUUCCAGCAAGACUUAAGCACUAUCUCCAAACAUUGUUUUUAUGUGGUAAUAAUUUGCAUAUGGCAACAUACACAAGAGAGUACCGGAACUUUUUUCCCACUUUAAGCACUGGGUAAAGUUACUGUAUAUAUAACAUUAUGACACGCAACAAGCUAUCUCUGUCUUGCACAUUGAAAUGCAUUGUAGCCAUGUUAAUUUAGUUAUUAGUAACUAUCUGCUGAACACUUAUGAGCUAUGUUACAUUUAAAUAUUUGUUGAACAAUGUAAGUGUCACGAUCCGGUCUGUGUUUUCCCCUGUCUGAUGUGGGUUUCAAGUUUUUAAGUUAUUUUGUCACUUCCUGUUUUCUAUGUAGUCUGUUGUAGUUCUUUUGCUCAUUGGUUCCCUAUUGAUUUGCUCCCAGGUGUGUCUUGUUACCCUGUUUGGUUCUGUCUAUAUAGCCCUUGUGUUUCACUUGUCAUUUGACAGUUGUUGUUUCUGUGUUUUGGUACAUUUAUGUUUCGGAUUAGGCUAUUUUUGCACCUUGUUUCUUUGUGCUUUUAUUUUGUUGUAGGCUACUUUGUUUUGUGUUAAUUAAAUCUCAACUGCACUUGGAUCCUCUUUCGGCCUGGUUUCUACAUUGUUACAGAACGAACUGAAAAUGAGUGGUGGCGAGAUGAAGCUUUAAAGCUUUUAGCCAAGUGGUUCACAAAAGAGUUCAUUUCUCUAGGCUUCAUUUGCUCAAAAUACCAUCUGGUGGACAAAGAGUGUCAAACAAGCAGAUACAUUACAGAUGUGGCUGACGUGGUCUGUGAUGCACUGUAUUUUGCGCCAGUUAAGGCUAAGAAAUAACGGUGAAGAAAAAAAAUACAAUAUAAUGUGUAUUUUCUGGUGGUAUGUAAUGAUUGUAUAACAUAACGGUGUAAUAAACGUAUUGGCUUGA